AUGGGCCUCUUGAACUUCAUCGGCCCAUACUUGGCGCGGAUUCGCAUGUCUGACGUCAUCCGGAAUCUCUACAAGUGCACUCUGCGAACGCUCCUAGCGCUCUUGUACGACUUCCCGGAAUUCCUUUCGGAAUACCACAUGAUCUUCUGUGAUGUCAUCCCCUGGCAGUGUGUGCAGAUUCGAAACCUGAUCUUGGCUGCCUUCCCGAGCAGCAUGAAGUUGCCGGACCCCUUCACCCAUUCCUUGAAGGUGGACACAUUGCCUGAGAUGAAGGUUUCUCCAACCAUCCAGUCCACGUACCUCUUGAAGCUCAUGAUCUGCGGCUUGAAGGACAGGGGACUCCUUGAGAACAUCAUCAAGAAGAUGAACGCUCACCAAGUAGGGCACCCAGUGGAUUUCAAGAUGGCAGGCUUGGUCUUCUUCGAGUACCUGCUGGAGCAUUUCGACACGGAGGGACGAUUCUGGAUGUUCACGACCUUCGCAAACCAUUUGCGCUUCCCCAACAUGCACACUUACUGCUUCAGUUGCAUCAUCCUGUGGCUCUUCAGCAACACUCGUAUCCAAGAGGUCCGCGAGCAGAUCACACGUGUGCUGUUGGAGCGUUUGAUCGUCCACCGGCCACAUCCCUGGGGACUUCUGAUCACCUUCAUUGAGCUGAUCAAGAAUGGCCGCUAUCAGUUCUGGCAACUUGUGCUACAAAAUCUUGGGCUUUUCCAAGGGGAUCCCCAGUCUUCACCAUGGGAAGAACAAAAAAAACUGGUCGAUAUUUGA